GGUUGACAGCGGAAGAGGCAUCCCACCCAACAGCGUCACGGACCGGAGUGGAACCCAGACAGCCUCACCAUGAUGAAACAAGCGGCUGCUGCUGCAAUCGGGGGAGCCCUGGCCGUGGGGGCUGUCCCCGUGGUGCUCAGUGCCAUGGGCUUCACCGGGGCAGGAAUCGCUGCCUCCUCCAUAGCAGCCAAGAUGAUGUCUGCAGCAGCCAUUGCCAACGGGGGUGGAGUUUCUGCCGGCAGCCUGGUGGCUACUCUUCAGUCAGUGGGGGCUGCUGGACUUUCCACAUCAUCCAAUAUCCUCCUGGGUGCCACUGGAUCAGUUUUGGGGGCCUGGUUGGGGAAAUCAAAUGAGGAACCUUCUUCUCAAGAUGAACCUGAAGCUGAAGAAGACCAGCCAAGAGAAAAUGUACCCCAAGAUGAACCUCCAAAACCCCCCAAUCAAGUCUAACAAAAACGAGAAAUAAAGAUCACAUGCAGGUGCA